GUGUGUGUAUAAAUAGGGAGGGAGCAGAAGAUGAUACCGGACGCACCUACCUCGCCAAGGAGCGUUGGCCGGCUGUUGCUAAUGGAGAAUCUGCUCGGCCUUCUCCGUAUUCGCAUCGUUCGUGGUGUCAAUCUCGCUGUUCGUGAUGUUCGCAGUAGCGAUCCUUAUGUUGUCGUCAAGAUGGGAAAGCAAAAAUUGAAGACACGGGUGAUAAAGAAGGAUGUCAAUCCUGUAUGGAAUGAAGAUCUAACUCUCUCUGUUAGUGACCCGAACCUUCCCAUUAAACUGGGAAGUUCUAAGCGAUCAUUUUUAGUCUCCGAUGGCAUCUUCCAUGGACGCCAUACUUCGACGGUUUACGAUCACGACACAUUUAGCAAGGAUGAUAAAAUGGGAUACGCCGAGUUCGAUAUCAAAGCAUUUAUGGAAGCUCUGAAGAUGAACUUGAAGAAUCUUUCCAGUGGAACGACAAUAACACGAAUGCUACCAGCAAGGCAAAACUGUCUAGCUGAAGAGAGCUGCGUCGUCUGGAAAGAUGGUAAAGUAGUCCAAGAUAUCUACCUUAGAUUGAGAAACGUCGAAUGCGGGGAAGUCGAGAUUCAAUUGCAGUGGAUUAAUCUUCCAAACUUCAAAGGAUGAAAGAAGAUUUGGUUUAAUUAAUCUGCUCCCAUGCUAGCUAGAGGUCACCUGCUCAUUCCACGCUUUCUAUAUUUUUCCUUUUUCAAAACCUAUAUUUUGUAUAGUGUUUCUGAUGUUCCUUCUUAAGAUCUUAUGUAUCUUAGUCAGUCCACUUAAUGCUUGAGUGUAGCAUAUGCAUAUGCAUGUUGUGUAAGAAUCGAAGUCUUGCGCUUUGGCUCAGGCUUUUUAUGGAUUUCUUAAAUAAAUUUUGGUUUUUGAUUUUCAUUCCCUAA